GUACGUACAUUGCUCGAAAAGCAUGGCGAAAGAAUGGCCACCUCUUUUCAUCCGCGGGCAAGAUCUCGAUAAUGAAGUGUCAGUUGCUAAUUAAUCAGUGAUUUGUAUUACGAGUCUGUGCGGGAUCUAAUUGUUACGUUGAAUGCUUUUUGAGUUCACUGUUUUUGGCAUCGAUCGAAGAGCAAAUCGAUGCUCGGUCUUCCCAGGAAUGAGGAUGAAAUCUUUUCUAUGUUUUCUUCAUCUUUUAUUCAUGUGUUAAUAAGCUGCGCAUUAUGUUUAGUCUGAAAAGUAUCUUGUUGCUAUUUGCCACGUCGAUUUGAAAGAUUACAUAACGACUCGUUCAAUUAUAUUUACGAUUGUAUAAAGGUUCGAAUUGAUAGGAACAUUAAUUGAAUGUGUUCUAAAUAUUAUUUAUCUUUAUUGGUGCAAGUCGGUUACAAUCCAAUUGCUCUUAUCGUACAAUUGAAGCGUAGCAAGUUGUAAAUUGUUCCGUUCUAGAGAAUUUGACGGUGGUUCGAAAGUUUUGUUCGACAGGUGAAACAUGGUCGAUUUUUCUGUCCUUCGCGAACAGUGGCGGCGAUCACUUAACCGAGCUCAACAGAUUGAGCACUUAAGGUGGAACGACAGAGCUACGGAUGAAUAAUUUUCUCCUAUCCAUCUAGCGAAUUGAAAAUUUAAAUCGGCGUGACGCGAUCGUGACGAGGUGCGCGCCUAUCGUGAUUCAAUCGAGGCCGAAUAGAAUAAUGUGAAUCUAAUCGAACUUGCGUUUCCGAUAAAAAGAUAAUGUCUUCGAGCGGAUCAGCCAAAACGUCCAAGGUAGAUAGGUCCACAAGUCCUCUGCCGUGCAAAUCCGUGAACCCCGUCCAGGAAUUGAAAGCUUUGUUCGCUGAACCGCCAUUGAAAAGCACGAAUGGCGGCAAGGAACAGGAUUUUCGUUUCGAGGCAAUACAGUGCUUGCAAUCAACCGUCCACAAGGAACCUAAAACGUUGCCAGACAGAGGGAUUUGGAGUAGCAAGGUCGAGUUUAUCCUGUCGGUAGUAGGAUUGGCGAUAGGUUUAGGAAAUCUAUGGCGAUUUCCUUAUCUCUGCUACAAAAAUGGCGGCGGCGCCUUCAUGGUUCCUUACUUCAUUGCACUCGCGCUCGCCGGAGUGCCUAUGUUUUUAAUGGAAUUAUCUUUGGGACAAAUGAUGACCAUCGGCGGAUUGGGUGUUUUCAAGAUAGCUCCACUUUUCAAAGGUACCGGAUACGCCACCUGCGUGAUCUCCUUUUGGAUGAACAUAUAUUACAUCAUUAUCUUGGCGUGGGCACUAUUUUACCUGUUACUGUCGUUACGAAUCGAUUUGCCAUGGAGAACAUGCAACAAUUCGUGGAAUACACGGUUCUGUUUCACCCCUACAGAACGUGCAGAAACAGUGUGUUGGCCUGAUGACAACGACACCAUAUGCGCCACUUCGAUUGGCAACUUAAGUCACACCUUAAUGAAGGACCCGGUCAAGGAAUUUUGGGAGAGACGCACCCUUCAAAUUUCUGAUGGCGUAGAGAAUAUUGGCUCUAUAAGAUGGGAACUAGCGGGUACAUUAGCCAUUGUUUGGAUCAUGUGCUACUUUUGCAUUUGGAAAGGCGUAAAAUGGACUGGAAAAGUCGUUUAUUUUACAUCGCUGUUCCCGUAUGCUUUGCUAGCGGUACUGUUAGUGAGAGGAUUAACGUUACCGGGUGCAAUGGAAGGUUUGAGAUAUUAUGCAACGCCGAAUCUCUCAAAAUUGAGCGAUCCAGAGGUGUGGAUAGAUGCGGUGACGCAAAUAUUUUUCUCUUACGCGUUGGGUCUUGGUGCGUUAGCAGCACUAGGAAGUUACAAUAAGUUUAAUAAUAAUGUUUACAAGGAUGCACUAAUUGUUUGUACAGUGAAUUGCUGUACGAGUAUGCUCAGUGGUGUUGUUAUCUUUUCCGUGGUCGGUUUCAUGGCUUACGAACAACAAAAACCUGUUGCGGAUGUAGCUGCGUCUGGUCCAGGGCUGGCUUUCCUGGUUUACCCUUCAGCAGUUUUAGAAUUACCAGGGUCUUCCUUGUGGUCCUGCUUGUUCUUUUUUAUGCUUAUACUUAUCGGUUUAGAUAGCCAGUUUUGUACAAUGGAAGGCUUUAUAACAGCCGCGGUAGACGAAUGGCCGCAUCUUCUGAGAAAACGAAAAGAACUGUUCAUCGCGAUUGUAUGCCUCGUUUCGUAUUUCAUUGGCCUCAGCUGUGUUACCGAGGGAGGAAUGUAUAUAUUUCAACUUUUGGAUUCAUACGCAGUAAGUGGAUUUUGUCUUCUGUUCUUAAUAUUCUUCGAGUGUAUAUCAAUUUCCUGGGCGUUUGGCGUGAAUCGUUUUUACGAUGGUAUUCGAGAUAUGAUCGGUUAUUACCCUUGCGGCUGGUGGAAGAUAUGCUGGACGUUUACUACUCCUCUCAUAUGUGUGGGUGUUUUCACGUUCAACAUAAUUAAGUUUGUCCCUGUAAAAUAUCUUACAUACGAGUAUCCAUUGUGGAGUCACGUGUUAGGAUGGCUUUGCGGCCUUUCAUCGAUGAUGUGUAUCCCAGGGUAUAUGAUCUACAUUUGGUGCACAACAUCAGGAACUACCUCCGAGAAAUUUCGAAAAUUAAUAAGAAUAGAAGACGAUGUUGCCACUUUACGAAGAAAACUGAAACUAACCGAAGCUGCCGCUAGUAAGGGAGACCUCGAAUUAUAAGUGUUAUUGUGCUUUUGUUCAAUGACCAUUAAAAUGCAUGAGUAUUAUUUCAAUGUAUGACUGUGGAGAAGCAUAAUUUCAUAUACUGAACAGUACCAUAUCGCAUAAUCAUGUAAUCAUUUACCAUAACGAAUAAAAAGUGUUUGUAUAAAAUGAAAUUCAUCGACAACGACAAGGUACAAAUUUAUAGUAAAAGUAAGGAAUUACUAUUUUUACAUCUAGUGUACAAUUAAGAUAAAAUAAAUAAUUUUAUUUUCUUGUAACUCA